AUGGCAGCCAACGAUGGGAAGAGCUUCCCUCCGAGGAAAUGGUACAGGAGAGUACCGCUUCUAUCAACAACGCCAAUUGAGCAACGCCUAACUACACCCAAAUUCUCCCCUUCACCUGCAAAUGUCGAAGACCAGAACAAUGGACACCAUGAAAAGCUUCCUCUUCCUGAGGCGAACGCUAAUUGGUUGUCUAUCUUGACAUUCGACUGGCUGAGUCGUCUUUUACGGACAGGUUAUACCAGACCCCUUCAAACAGACGAUUUGUAUGAUAUGCCAAGUCACAGAUUGGUAGAAGACCACUCAAAUCGACUUGAAGAGGCUUGGGCUGCGAGACUAUCUACCAACCGUGGUAGAAAGCCAGUCAACUCUAAGAACCCACUAUCUUGGCGACCGUUCUGGGCAAGACAUACAACCGACACGACUGUCUUGACGUUGGCCCUCAACGAUGUCUGCUUCAAGUGGUUCUGGAUAGGUGGCAUUCUGAAACUUGCUGGCGAUCUAUCCCAAAUCAUAUCACCUCUUCUCAUCCGUUUCCUCAUCGGCACUCUAUCAGACUCAUCGCAGCAAGGUCUUCGCUCCGGCUUUGGCUAUGCAGUGGGAUUAUUCCUUCUUCUCGUCUUUUCAGUCACAUCCAAUGUUCACGGCUUCUACCGCUCUUAUACAACCGGUAUCUUGCUUAGAGGUGCUCUGAUGCACGUUAUCUAUCGCAGGGCAACGACACAGCUGAGUGAACGUGCCAAGCUUAAACAUGGCCUCGGAACUGGCAAACUCAUGAGUCUCAUCAGCGCCGAUGUCACCCGUGUAGACUUUUGCUGUGGAUAUUUCCAUGUUGCUUGGACUAGUAUCUUCCAGAUGCUGCUUUGCUUCGCUCUGACCGUUUGGACAAUGGGAUACAGCGCGUUGCCAGGUUUUGGUUUACUCGCUUUGUUGUAUCCGCUCCAGUCAUUCAUGAUGCGCCGGCUUCUCCUUCUUCGCCGAGGAAGUAUGCCUUUCACGGACGCACGAGUCAAAGCAGUUGUUGAAGCAGUAUCUGCAAUUCGUCUCGUUAAGACAAACGCUUACGAAGAGAGCUUGCUCUCCAAGAUUGGAAAGUUGCGAGCUGAUGAAGUUGUUUACAUUCGCAAACGAAUGCUUCUGAGAGCUUUCAACACUGCGAUUUCUUACACGGCUCCUACUUUGGCUUCCGUCGUCAGUAUUGUCUGCUAUGGAGCGACGUCUGAGAACGGGAUGGAUGCUGGAGUUGUCUUUUCCGGACUUGCCUAUUUCAUGCUUUUGAGAACACCUCUUAUGGCAUUGCCUACUGCUCUUUCGGCUGUUGCUGAUUCUAGAGCUGCACUGGAGCGAUUGUCCAUGUUCAUGCUGGCUUCUGAUAUCAACACUGAUAAACAGAAGUCGGAUUUACAGUCUGAUUUGGGUUACUCCUCUGAGAAUUCCGAAUCUGAUACUGUGGUUCGAGUUGAAGACGCCACUUUUGCUUAUCACGAUGAUGAGCAACUUGUAGCUGCAGAUGAGAAGAGGGAACUAGAGACAACAGCAACAAGUCAGCGACUAUGGCUCGAUUCAUUCUUGGUUAAGCGUAAUCAACUCGUCUGCGUCGUCGGAGCUGUCGCAUCCGGAAAGUCAUCUGUGUUGAAAGCCCUUCUGGGCGAUCUUCAACUCAUCCAAGCACGAUCUUUCCACCUCGGUCUCGACAAAUCUUCGUCUCAGAUUGCCUUUGCACCUCAAAGUGCUUGGCUUCUGAGCGAGACUGUGCGAGAGAACAUCGUGUUUGGCAGACCUUUUGACCACGCAUGGUACAACGAAGUCCUCACCAGAUGCUGCCUUCACCCAGAUAUGAAGGUCUUGCCAGACGGUGACAUGACUGUUGUUGGCGAGAACGGCGUUUCACUCUCCGGUGGCCAGAAGCAACGUAUAAGUCUUGCCAGGGCCAUUUACGGAAGAAGUUCGCUUCUCUUUCUCGAUGAUUGUUUCUCUGCUUUGGACGCUCAUGUUGGUGCUCGUGUGUUUGACAUGGUUGUCAAUCAAGCGCGUCGAAACAAUGAGGGUACAAUUGUCUUGGUCACGCAUUCCAUCCGCUUCGCUAGACAAGCAGAUCAUAUCUUCUACAUGGAGAAGGGACGAAUCUCUGAGCAGGGUUCGUACGAUAAGUUGCAGAGUCUUGAUGGCGCUUUUACUCAGUUUGCUGGAUCUCAACCUUUGAUUGCAGAGUCAGACUCGGGUUCCGAGACGGCCAGCAGUCACGAUUCUGAAGAGGCUGUGGAUGAAAAGGUCAUUGAGAAAGAAACUCCUGAAACCAAGACCAAGGAAAAGCCAUCUACAACACGCGGCAAAGAAGUGAUGCAAACAGAAGAACGAGUUGUCGGCUCUGUCAGUGGCAGAACCUACAUCCGAUACGCUCAGUUUGGCAACGCAUUAAUCACUGUUCCUCUUCUAAUCCUCUCUAUCGCCAUUUACCAAGGCACCAGUAUCGUUUCACCUCUUUGGUUGAGCUGGUGGCAAAAGAACCAGUACACAUCCAUUUCUGAAGAUGCGUACAUGGGCGGCUAUGCAGCGUUUGGUGCAGGCCAGUCCAUCGGUCUAUUCUGUAUGAGCGCCACGUUUGCACUCUUUUGCUUCUGGUGCUCUAACAAGCUUCACCAUGCUUCCAUGUCCAAGGUCUUGCUCGCACCAGUCGCUUUCUUUGAUACCACGCCUCAGGGCAGAAUCACACAUCGCUUCAGCAAGGAUGUCGAUGCCGUUGAUAACGUGGUCGGUGAGACUUUGCGACUCUUCAUUUCUACGUUUGUGCAAGUUCUUGGUACGAUUAUCGUUGUAAGCAUUAUCGUGCCAGCGUUUUUGGCCAUCGCUUUUGCUUUGUUGUUGAUCUACACGUGGACUGGAAUGUACUACCGGCCAUCGUCGCGAGAGCUUCGUCGGCUUAACAAUCUUCUUCGGAGUCGCAUCUACGAGCAUUUUGGAGAGUCUCUUUCGGGUCUGCCAACCCUCAAGGCUUUUGGUGCAGUACCUCGCUUCGUUGACGAUAAUGCCCGAAAGAUCGACACGGAGAACACUGCUUAUUGGCUUUCUAUCGCGUGUCAGCGAUGGCUCAACCUACGUCUUGACCUCUGUGGUGCAACUCUCGUGCUAGCUGCAGGCUUGCUAGUUGUUGGACUACGAGGCACCAUUGAUCCCUCCUCUGGCGGUGUAGUCCUGUCAUACAUCGUUACCGCGCAAGCAGUCUUUGGAAACAUGAUUCGUCAGAGUGCAGAGAUUGAGAAUAACAUGAACUCGGUGGAGAGAAUGCUUCAUUAUGCUUACAACAUUGAACAAGAGCCUGAGCAUCGGGUUGAGCGAGUUGACAAGGAAUUGGAGACGAGUCAGUGGCCAAGGGCUGGGCAUGUUGAGUUCCAGUCUUUUACUCUCAGUCAUCGACCUGGUCUGGAUCCUGCGUUGAAGGACAUAAACCUUGAUAUCAAGCCUGGUGAAAAGAUUGGUGUUGUUGGACGUACGGGAGCUGGAAAGACAACCUUAAUCUCUGCUCUACUACGAAUCACCGAGCCCACGAACGGACGAAUCCUUAUUGACGGCGUCGACAUCCACACGGUCGGCCUUCAUCUCCUCCGAUCCAAUCUAUCAGUCAUCAGCCAAGACGCAGUCUUGUUAGCUGGCAGUAUCCGCUACAAUCUCGAUCCUUUCCAACAAUACGACGACGAGUGGCUUCGACAGUGUUUAGAUCGCGUCGGUCUAAGCCAAAUAUCUUCCAACACGGAUGCCGAAAAGCAAGACUCCGACUCUGGCGGUGAUGCACCAAGCCUCAAUCUAGACUCUGAAGUCAAGGAAAACGGCUCCAACAUCUCUCAAGGACAACGUUCCUUGAUCUCUAUCGCCCGCGCUCUUGUGCGCAAGUCAAAGAUUGUCAUUCUUGACGAGGCAACAGCUUCAAUCGAUGGCAGAUCAGAUGCAAAGCUACAGGCCAUGUUGAACGAGGUCGUAGGUGACGCGACUGUUCUUACUGUGGCUCAUCGACUUGACACUAUAGUUUCUACGUGCAACAAGGUUGUCGUCAUGGAUAGUGGACGAGUAGUCGAGUUUGCUACAGUUUCUGAGCUGUAUGCCCAGCCGGAUAGUAUUUUUAGAUCUCUGUGUGAUGCUGCAAAGAUCUCGCUUUGA